AUGUCUUCUUCGACACUUUCUUCCGCUACUGCUGCUGUUGCUUCGCAACCCACUCGGAAACAAAUUCUUGCAUUGUAUCGUGGACUAUUGAAAGGAGGAAAAGCUUUUUCGGAUUACAACUAUAGAGAAUAUGUGUUGAGAUGUACGCGAGAAGAUUUUAGAAAAUUUAAAUCUGUACAAGAUUCCGAAAAGAUUAAACGAUUGUAUGAAAAGGGUGUUAAGAAUUUAGGAGUUGUACAAAGGCAAUCAUUGAUCAAUCAAAUAUAUUCUAAACAUGUGAGCAUUAUGGAUGAGAGAGCUAAAGAGUAUAAACAAAACCCAGAUUUAUUUUCACAACAAUAUUCUUCAGCACCUUUCGAUACAAGUGCUGAACAAGAAGAGGAUUAA